GGAGGGGGGAAGAGGCAGGGCUGCAGGAAACCGAGCACCGAUGAACAGCUAAACGGCCCGGGAAACUGAAGAAGAGCGAACGGAAACGGCACCUAUCCUCCUCGGCCCUAGAAGCUUUUCCCUUCACCAGCUGGACGUGUGUGAGGUAAAGCCUUUCCAGAUGCCCGGGACACAAACUGGACUCCGUCCCGAGCUCCGGCCUGGGGAGGAGAAAUAGUAGGAGAGGAUUUCUACCCCUGAGGAGCUCCAGCUCGGGCAUGUUUUUGCUCUCAUGCAGAGAUCGAAGUGUGAAGAUCGUUGCGUUUCUUUUCUCUUUUUGACGCAUUGACGAUCGAGCUGCUUUUUUUUUUAUUAUUCAAAUCCAAAUCUCAUGUGUUUGUGGAGCUCGACAUCAGAGCGCUAAAAGAAGUGAAACCCUUGUGUCCGUGCUGCCUGGAGGACUGUCUGCGAGUCUGACUUCACUGUUCAUUUCAGCCAGGGAGAUUUUGGAGUGCUUGAGUGCCGAGAUUUUUCUCAGCCGCCCUGUUGAAGAACCCACCGGAGUGACAGGGCUGAUUAAAGGUGCGGUCUGAGGAAUCAACUGCCGUAAUCACGUCACCAUGGUGGUCUUCAACGGGCUGUUGAAAAUCAAGAUAAUCGAGGCACUGGACCUGAAACCUACAGCCUGGUCUUUGAGGCAUGCCGUGGGACCGAAGGCGCAGAGCUUCCUGCUGGACCCCUACAUCGCCCUGAAUGUGGACGACUCACGCGUGGGGCAGACAUCCACCAAGCCGAAGACCAACAGCCCUGCAUGGCACGAUGAGUUUGUAGCUGAGGUGCGUGACGGACACAAGAUUGAGCUGUCGGUCUUUCAUGACGCGCCCAUUGGCUAUGACGACUUUGUGGCCAACUGCACCAUCCAGUUCGAGGACCUUCUGCAGAACGGCAGCAAGCACUUCGAGGACUGGAUUGACUUGGAGCCAGAGGGAAAGGUGUACGUCAUCAUCGACUUGACUGGAUCUUCCAGUGAAGCAGGCGGCUUUAAAAAUGAGGAGAGAGUGUUUCGCGAACGUAUGCGGCCCAGGAAGAGGCAGGGAGCGGUGCGAAGGAGAGUGCAUCAAGUCAACGGCCACAAGUUCAUGGCCACCUACCUGAGGCAACCCACCUACUGCUCACACUGCCGCGAAUUCAUUUGGGGUGUCCUCGGGAAGCAGGGCUAUCAGUGUCAAGUGUGCACAUGUGUGGUUCACAAACGCUGUCAUGAGCUUAUCAUAACCAAGUGUGCAGGACUAAAGAAACAGGAGGACACAGCUGAGGAGGUGGGCUCUCAGCGCUUCAGUGUGAACAUGCCACACAAAUUCAGCAUUCACAACUACAAAGUGCCCACAUUCUGUGACCACUGUGGUUCCUUACUGUGGGGGCUCAUGAGACAAGGACUGCAGUGCAAAGUAUGUAAAAUGAAUGUACAUAGACGCUGUGAAAGCAAUGUAGCUCCUAACUGCGGCGUCAAUGCGCGGGGCAUUGCCAAAGUGCUGUCUGACCUCGGAGUGACGCCUGAUAAAAUCUCCAGCAGCACACAGAGGAGGAAAAAGAUAAGUCAAGGUGCAGAUCCUCAGCCUCUGCCAAUAUCCCCACAAACAGAGGAAGAUCGCUCCAAAUCGGCGCCUACAUCACCGUGUGACCAGGACAUAAAGGAUCUGGAGAACAUCAGGAAAGCCUUGUCUUUUGAUCACCGUGGGGAGGAGCUGAAAGCAGAGCCAGUUUCAUCCUCGACUGAGGGCUGCUCAGAGGAGACAAGGGAGGGCAAAGAGAAUGGUGAAGUGAAGACGCUGCAGUCUAAACGAAUGAGCUUGGAGGACUUCAACUUCAUCAAAGUGCUUGGCAAGGGCAGCUUUGGCAAGGUGAUGCUGGCUGAGCUCAGGGGCACAGACGAGGUAUAUGCGGUAAAGGUGCUGAAGAAAGACGUGAUCCUGCAGGACGAUGAUGUAGAUUGCACUCUUACAGAGAAACGCAUCUUGGCUUUGGCCAGAAAACACCCCUACCUGACCCAACUUUUCUGCUGCUUCCAGACCAAGGAUCGGCUGUUCUUCGUGAUGGAGUACGUGAACGGAGGCGACCUGAUGUUCCAAAUCCAGCGCUCACGCAAAUUUGAUGAAGCCCGCUCACGUUUUUACGCUGCUGAGGUCACCUCUGCUCUUAUGUUUCUCCAUCGGAAUGGAGUCAUUUACAGAGACCUCAAACUGGACAACAUCCUGUUAGAUGCUGAGGGCCACUGCAAGCUUGCAGACUUUGGCAUGUGCAAGGAGGGCAUUCUGGAUGGUAUCACCACCACCACAUUCUGCGGUACACCUGACUACAUCGCACCUGAGAUCCUGCAGGAGCUGGAGUAUGGCCCAUCAGUAGACUGGUGGGCCCUGGGUGUGCUCAUGUAUGAGAUGAUGGCAGGCCAGCCACCAUUUGAGGCUGAUAACGAAGACGACCUGUUCGAGUCCAUUCUCCACGAUGACGUGCUCUAUCCAGUGUGGCUAAGCAAAGAGGCAGUUAGCAUCCUCAAGGCGUUCAUGACAAAGAGCCCCAAUAAGCGGCUUGGCUGUGUGGUGUCACAGGGCCUGGAGGAAGCCAUUAAAGUACAUCCGUUCUUUAAAGAGAUUGACUGGGUGCUGCUGGAACAGAGGAAAAUUAAACCACCUUUCAAACCUAGAAUUAAAACCAAGCGGGACGUCAAUAACUUUGACCAAGACUUCACACGCGAAGAGCCUGUGCUUACUCCCGUCGAUGAUGCCAUCAUCAAACAGAUCAAUCAAGACGAGUUUAAGGGCUUCUCCUACUUUGGUGAAGAGCCUGCUUCCUAGGAUCUAAGAAUGUCAUCUCCUGCAUUUUCUCCAUCUGCUACACAGUGGUGUUGUUCACCUUUAUGAACUGAAUGAAGACUAUCUACAGUGUGGGUUUACAAGUCUAAUGAAAAGCUGCUUAUGCAGUUUUUUCUUUUUUGAGUUACAGUUUCUAGAAUUUUUAUUUUAAAAAACAACAAAGAGUCUUUCAGCUGAUCAAAUCAAUGCAAGUCUAUACAAUCAUAUAUACACAUAUUACACACAUGCAAAUAUGCAGUGAUGGAAAUGUACGCCCAAGUAAAAACCUUAUUUAGAAUUGACUCUAAAACAGAAGAAUACUUUUCCCCAAAAAUAAUAAUAUAAAAUAAUAAUUGUUGUGUUAACAUAGAAAAAAAUUCAAAUUGAAGCAGUUUUACUUUUGGACACCACUGUCGAUGUAUGUAUUUGUACUAGGGCUGUCCGUAGAGUGUUAGUUUUUAAUGCAAACAUCAGUUUCUUCCAUUUUCAGCAGUUAAUGCAAACUGAUAUGUAUCCAACAAUCUUCAGUGAUAUAAUGUGCUGUUUAUCCAAGUACUUACUGCUGAUUGUAGCUCUUGACAGGAGCUUGUAUGGGUUGCUAGUGGCUCUGUUUUUUCUCAGUGUGACACAUUUGAUUUAACAAAUUCUAGAUGUGGAAGUCGGAGAUGUGGGAACGGAAGCAGUUCCGAGAGCAGUUCAGAAUCUCAGGACUGUUUUAAUCCAAUAGGGCCUGAUUGUAGAACGAUUUUCAGAACUGAGUUGUUUGUGCUUUUACAACUUUAUAUUCUAAAAUUUGUUCAAUCAGAAUUGUGCAUUGGUUCACUCUGAUGAAUUUUUUUAGGAAUUUUUAUUUAUAUGCAUUGAAUCAUUUUAAUGCAUCAGUUAUUCUGAAUUCUUCACAGGUUUUAACAGGUUAAUGAUGACAGCGCUAAUUUACACAAAUAUGCAAAAAUACACAUUCAUACACACAGUGGGGGGGAAAGUAUUUAACAUGUCAACAAUUAAAAGAAAAUCUAUUGCAAUUAUUCACAUGGCAUGCAAACCAGACAUUAGUAUUGACUCAAUGAAACUACAGAGUCCAAUCUAAACAAAUGCUAAUGGGAAAUAGAAAGGAAUGACAUUGCUCGACACAGUAAGAAAAAGCAUUCAACCUUUUAGAUCUUUUUCCCGUGCUAAUUAAAAUCAGCUGGGAUUGUAUGUACUGUAGGUUAGAAUUAGAAUAUACUUCAGCAGCAUAGCAAUGGCACUGGUUAGUGAUGGGUAUCUUUUCACCUCCUAAACAUGAGAAAAAACUACUGCCCAACCACCCACACACAGGACCUCCAUAGCAGAUUUCUAACUGACCAGUCAAAAAAGUUAAUCUGGAGAAUAGCUCAAGAGAGACCUGGAAGCAGUAGCGUACAGUUGCCACAGAGUACGUACUAGGCAAUGCACUCCAUCAUCCUAAAAGGCUUGACUAUUGAACAGGGAGCAUGUUGGUACUUGCUUAAAGUUUGCAAGAGAACGUUUGGAGAAGCCCAUGUCAUAUCUUCAGCAAUAUAACAUAUCUUGUUUGGUGCGAAAAUGGCUCUGCACAUGAACUGAAAUAACCAACACACAGUUCAGAUGUGAACACAUUAUGGUAUGAGGCUGUUUCUCUUCUUUCUCUUCUCAUGUUGAAUAAUUUCUAAUGGGAAGAUGAAUUGAGCAACUUACUAGGAAAUCCUUGAUAUAAAACAUCUGUUGCCAUCUAUAACAACAGCAAGAAUAAGGCAAUGACCGUUCUAUCAGGACAACAAUCUCAAAUAUACUGCAAAGAAGACUUGUCUGUUUCCUACAAAGGAAAUAAUGGUUUUGCAAUGUCCUAGUCAAUCAAUCUAAUAGAAAAUGUGUUAAUCUAGAUUCACCAGCAGCUUCUCUAGAAUCCUAAAGAUUGAAAGGCUGUAUAUAAAAGAAUGGGCUUAAAUCAAACCAAAAUUUUUUGAGGGAUCUGUUUAUGCAUACAGGAAGCUUUUUGAAGCAAAUGCUUCUAUACCAGAUAUUCCACAUUAUGGAUCUUAUACAUUUCUUUAGCUAUGUAGUUUUCUUGCAAUAAUACCAAAAUCUAGUAUUCAUUCCAUGUGAAUUAUUGCAAAAUUCCAAUUUUAAUAAAAAGUGUUGAUGAGUUGAAUUUUUUUUCUGAAUAUCUAACAUUGAAAAUCCACACAACACUGCAUACACUACAUCAGAGCCAGUAUACAGACUCCUGGUCCUGGUACUAAUGGAAUCAAAUGUUGGAGACUGUACUUGACUUCUUCUGAACCUCACAUCUGCCAUGUAGCCCUUUUUUCUUAUUAAAACACCAAAACCAAAUGUAGGCAAACUACAAUUAAAGGUGUAGCUUGAUAACUUGCUUUGAAAUUCAGGGGAAUGAUUCCAAAAAACCCAGAAAAGUUCAGUGGUGUUUGAUUCACCAGUAGGAGAAUUACUGAGCCGUCUUUUGGAUCACCUUGUGGUUUACCUUAAAAGUGUUGACUUUGACCCAUGCCAUUCAAAGUGUUGGUAGAAAUUAUUGUUUCUAUUUUGUUUUUGUUU